GAAUGGAUAACAUGCACUUUAGGCAGCAUAGCGGUCUGAAUGAUCCUGAAGGGUUGAUUAACGUGAAGGUCAACGUAAAUCCGGCUAUGAAUGUCUUCGUAAAAACCAAUAUUGUUGGCAACCAAACCACUAAGAUUUUGAAAAACAAUAAGAGAAAUUCAUUUGGAAAAAUCAAGAAAGGCAAGAAAAUGCCAACUAACGCUCGGAAUUUCCAGCAGAAAAACUGGUUUAACUCAAUAAGGAAGCAAGAAGGAGAAAAAGCAAGUACAUUGAUUGAGAAAAAGCAAAAAUUGGAAAAUAAUUUUAUAUCUCUUCUGAACAGCAAUAUCAACAAAGGACGAUCAAGGAAGAUCAAAGACGGAAGGCAUGUGCAUACAGCUAAGGCCGGGAAGAGAACUCAUUUCUUUGCCAACCCUCUGUCACCUUCUCCAACUAGAGGAGCCCCUACGAUAUUCGCAUCAAAUAAUGGCUUAACUGUUGCAAGGCCAAAAAGCACCAGAGUGAACAAGAUCCGUGGUAAGAAUGCCUUCAGAAAGUUCGGGAUCAAUUCAAAGCGAAUGCAGACUGCUAAAAGAAUGGAUAAGUUCUACAUGAGGACUUUUAGUAAGCAACAAAAUGACAUGAUGUCCACCCAGCAGUCUAAAAUUAUGAGUGACCUUAAUGUGUCAAAUCGGGUUUAUAGGAACUGUGUCGCAAAGCCUAAUUACCUUAAAUACAAACUUAUGCGAGAGAUCUUAUCAAAAAGAUCUCUCCAGGAGAUCAAAUAUCUUGAGAAGAAGGUUCUUGGAGAAGAUGAAGAUAUUGAAGUCAGAAGUUUUGAAGAGAAUUUAAGGCAAAAUUAUGAAGAUCCAGAUGAACAAUUAUUGUCUGUUCUUAGUUCAGAUAAUCGACCAGAAAUGAAAGUAGAGGACUAUCAAGAGGAUGAUUAUGCGAAAUACUAUACUACCCCUUCUAACUCAGAUACAAAGAUGCUGAGUCAGGUUGUAAAGCCCAUUGCUUCAAAAUUAAUACACAAAGAUGAGAACUUGAAAACAGUAAAAUCAAAGAAAUCAAGAGUCUUAUCAAAAAGGAAAGGGCCCAAGUCCACCGAAGCAACAAAAGUCUUCAAGAAUAAAUAGAAUAUCUAAAGGUUCUGCACAGGAUUCCUCAAAAUUUCUCAAUAAAGACCAGGAGUAUGACCAGAAAUCAACUAUUUUUCAAGACAGCACUAUAAAUCAGAAAAGUUUGCAGAGGACUAAUUCGAAUAAAUAAAACAAUAGCUAUAAUCUGAGACGGUUCAUCUAUGAGCUACCAGCCUAAGGUUUCAUGAAUAACGACCAAGGCGCCUAAGUCCAAGUACGGGAUUGAGGAUUACCUCCAAAGAAGACAUUUAGACUCCUGUAUGAAAGUUGAUAAAGCAGAUAGGAUUAUCAGGUUCGAAGGCAUUCAAUAAUUUUUCAAUAUUUUAAUUAAAA